ACCUAGGACUACAAAACCAAAAUAAUCUGCUAAAAUGUUUAGCCGAGCAUUAGCUUCAAAUUUUUUCAACAAUAAACCUUUAUUAUCUUGUUUAAAUAAUAAACAAUUACUUCGGAAUGUAUCGGUGCUGGAUGGCUUACGCAUGUCUUCAUUCCGGGCAUCGGAACCCUUGGAAAAUAUAGACCAAUUUCCGGAAGUAGAAGUCGUUAAGAAUUCUCCUGAAUGGAAAUACGUAGAACGACUUAUUGCACCUCGCGUCGUUCCAGCUCCAAUUGCUAGAAGCUCGUAUCCUUCAGGCUGGAAGCCUGCCAGCCCUGACCCGGGACUUAAGUAUUUUGUAGCUCGCACUAAAAACCAUAUGCUCCCAGUAUAUCUGAGACGAAGCUAUCGGGGACAACGUAUUAUUACUGCAGUGAGACGUAUUGACGGAGAUAUAUGGCAGUUGGAGGCUGAGUUGAGGUAUUUAAUUGAAAGUAAAUUGAAUAAACAGAUUGUUACCCGGGUGAACGAAAUGAACGCUCAGAUUGAACUGAAAGGAGAUUUUGUUACGAUUGUUGAGCAGUUUCUCCUGAGUAAGGGAUUGUAAUCGACAAUGUUCGUAAUGUAGAAAAAACCGAGUGGAUGCCCAGAACAUUUGAAAUAAAGAUGGAUGAACAAUGUUAGUACAACCGAAGUUAUGUAGAA